CGAUUUGGACUUGUUUCAGAUCAUAGGAGCUCCGGAUGAUGGAGAUCUGCAUCUGGUAGUGGAGAAGAAGAAGCGAAACCUGCGUAGAGAUGAUUAAGGCUCAACUUUCAAUGGUCACCAUUUAGACUGGAGUCACUGAGAUCGAAGAGGCGACCUUCCCUUGAAAGUAGAACAGGGGAAAACGAAGGGAAAGGGGAGAGCUUUGAAGGGGGUCUCUUCCGUUCAGAGUCAGUGGCCAAUGAGUGUCGAGCUUUAAGAUGAUGAUAAAGGGGUCGUUCCUGAUACUGGUGGGGUCGCUGAAGUGAAUAGUGGUCGUACUGUUCCUGAUACUGGUGUGAUCUCAAAUGAACAGAUGCAACAGGACGAG